GGCAUUGCUUUGCUGCUUGCUUGCUGUUGGCGAAUGGUGAGUGCUGUGGCCUGUGCUGGUGAUCAGCUAGAGCAAGAGUCGUCUUGGUGAAACGAUUUCUGUGCAAGAUUUGUUUGUGUCAACAAAGUUGAUGGGUUACGGUUUCGACCUUUAAACAAGUGAUAGCCUUAAAAUGCCUAGAGUAAAGGCUUCACCAAAAAAAUGCGUCAAGCCAACGAACCCCCAAUCUUCUUGGGUUUUUCUUUUAAAAGGUGAGGCAUUCGAAGUGCCAGAAGGAUAUGCUGGCUCAGGCACUCCAGAUGUGGUACAGCUGAGGCAUCCUCAAAGUGGAGCUCCAGCCAUGUUCCUCUUCAGUCCUGGCGACAGUUUAAUUCAAGAAGUACUGACAUUUUCUGAAAACAAACGAUCUUGGUUUAUUGACGACAAUGUAAAAUCUGAUGGAAAAAUGCACCUGUCUACUCCUAUUGACCCCAUAUUUCUGGUACUUCCAUACUUAAGAAAAUCUCAACUCGCCUGCCCUCUGGAUCAGAUACUAAAGGAUGAUGAAUUUCCUGAAACAGAAAGACUUCUUUCAUGUUCAGGGUUGAAACAUUUGUCCCAGGUAGCAGAUAAAAAAGGUGAUGAGGAACUGAAUGCCUAUAAGUACAAUGAGGAGAAAACGCUGAGCUGGCUGACAAGGAAGACGGAACGAGUGAGUGAAAUAUUGAGGCAGAAAGGAAUACAUGUCUCAAGUAAUAACGCAGUGUCAGCAACAUUCGUCAAAACUAAUACAGACACCACAGAGAACUACCUGAAGUACGCACAUGGAGUGGUAUCAGAGUACCUGGCGGACGACCUAAGUGCCAGAUUGUCCAAGCACCUAGGGCUUCCUGAGCCGGAGACUGGCCCUAACAAGCGCAAGCAGCUGGCCAGUGCUAACACCAACACCGAAGCCACUCACAAGCGACCCAAGCUGGAAGCUCAGGAGCCACUCAAGAAUGGUGCUGCCCUUGACCUCUCAAAACCCGAAAAGGUCCCCAAAACAUCAAUAACAGCUAAAGAUAAGGCCAGAGCAAAAUCUGCAACAGGAUCGAAAAAUAUUUCUUCAUUCUUCAAAAAGAAGUAAAACUCUCAAAGCAAUUAACUCUCACAUUCUGUGUCCUAGUUGAGCCAUUCUUAGAAUUAAGCAAUUUUUAUCUGUAUUUGUCUCAAAUGUGCUACUUUAUUUAUUUUGUUGUGUAUACAUUUAUUUGUUGUUUUUUAUGUUUUUAUAUCAUUGUUUUAAUUAUUAAUAAAGUAAGUUAUUAAUUGUAUAAAUAAACAUUAAGGUCUCAGUA